AUGUGGCAGCCAGUCGUGUGGUGCUCAGACCCGUGUCGCCACGAUUGGUGCCCUCUCUGGGCCAGUCUGGCGGCUGUGCGCUCAUACACUGGCCACGUCACCAGGUCUGCCGGCAAGUCGGGCCCCGACACUGCACGCUCAAUCACCAGUCCAGGGGCUCACUUAUCCACACCAAGGGGCAGCUUUCGGUCAAGCACUGCCCGGUAUCGUCGCGCCGUGUCUGUAGAAGAAAGUUCCAGCCUAGCAAGUCAUCGUCACAACUCGAGCGCGCCCGAUUGGCUGCCCUUCUGCCAAUCCACUACUGCUAGUCAUCCCGAUGCCGUCCCCUCAUCAAUCUUGCCCCAGUCAAAUCCCUCCGCCCUAACCUGA